AUGUCGAAAUCACGAGCCGUCGUCAAGGCCCUUGACCACCUUGUCCUCACUUGCACCGAUGUAGGUGCCACAGCCAACUGGUAUGCCAAACAUCUCGGCAUGAAAGUCGAGACAUUCAGACCACCAUCCGACCCUACUGUUGCGAGGACCGCGUUAAAGUUCGGCAUCCAAAAGAUCAAUCUUCAUCAGAAAGGAAAGGAGUUUGAGCCAAAAGCAAAGACUGCGCUGCCUGGUACCGCGGAUCUCUGCUUUGUUGUCGACGACAGCGUGAAGCUCGAUGACCUACUCAAGAGUUUCGGAAAUGAAGGGAUCGAGGUUCUCGAAGGGGGACGGAUUGUGGCUCGGACAGGGGCCCAAGGGCCAAUACAGAGCCUGUAUAUUCGUGACCCAGACGGAAAUUUGAUCGAGUUCAAAGCUUCCGAUCCUCUUGAUGACAUCAUCUUUGAGCCGCUUUGUAGCUGGAGUGGCCAUAUCAACACCCCAGCCUACGGGCGCAUUACAGACUCAGACUCUCCCCAGGACUACGUCCUGGCUGUUGGCUGGAACUCGCCCACGGCCUAUGAGGAAUUUAAAUCAUCCCCUCAGUAUCAACAGUUGAUGGAUAACCUGGGAGUCGAUAUCACGCAUACCCAGGAUAUUAUCUUCACCAAUAAAAUGUUCGGACGCGGAUUUACCCCCAACACCGAGAUUUUCACUGCCUACUGGCCUGCCUCGCUCUCCCUCGAGACUCAGCAAAUGGUGAAGAAAUCAAAGAUGCUCGUCCAUACCGGGAUCCCCAACCCGCGCUGUUAUUCAAAGGCCCCGGUCUUUGGAUGGAUUGAUGAGCUGCAGAACUGGAAUGAAGAGAAGGUAUUGGCAAGUGUGUGGUGCAAUCACUGGAAGAGCAAGGAAAAGGAGGAUCACUUUAAACGCACUGAGAAGAGGGUCGUUUAUGCGGGCAGGGAUAUCGUCUAUCCGCUCGCUGUAGAUGAUUUCGAGCAACACCUGAAAGACCUCGGCAGUCUCGGUUGGGAAUCGGUCCAUGUAGAUUUCAUACCCCUCAACAUGAUAUACGACGACGAGAUGACGCGAAGUCACCGACGUGAAAAGAAGAGGCUUGACGAUGUAACUAGCGGGAUGGGUACUCUUUGA